AUGGCUGAAACUGAAAGAUUAAUGCCUAACGGUGGCUCUCGCAGGACAAAUCCUUUAAUUACGGGCCAUUUAAUCUUGGGCACGAUAGUGGCUUGUCUGGGGUCGAUCCAGUACGGAUACCACAUAGCAGAGCUGAAUGCGCCUCAAGAAUUCUUAUCGUGCUCCAGGUUUAACGCACCAGACGAGAACAUCUCAUACGAUGACACUUGGGUUGGGCAGCACGGACUCAAGCAAUGCAUUGCCUUAACCGAUUCUCAAUACGGCGCAGUCACGUCUAUAUUUAGCAUAGGCGGGUUGUUUGGGUCGUACUAUGCCGGUAACUGGGCUAACCGAUACGGAAGAAAGUACGUGAGUAUGGGCGCCUCGGCCAUGUGCAUGGUUUCUUCCCUGCUACUUUUCUUUUCCAACUCGUACUUGCAGUUACUGUUCGGCAGGUUUCUGGUGGGCAUGUCCUGCGGCACUGCCAUCGUGAUCACGCCUUUGUUUAUUAAUGAGAUUGCGCCUGUGGAGUGGAGAGGUGCCAUGGGGUCUAUGAACCAAGUUUCUAUCAAUCUAGGUAUCCUGCUGACCCAAACUCUAGCACUCAAGUACGCGGACUCGUACAACUGGAGGUGGCUCCUCUUUGCCGGUUCCGUGAUUGCGGUAUCAAAUCUUUUAGUUUGGCUCAAAGUGGACGAGUCUCCAAGAUGGCUACUGAACCACGGAUUUGUUUCAGAAGCAGAGAUUGCUCUAUUCAAGUUGCGUCCAGGAACGUAUCAACAAGCAAAACAAGAGAUCCAGGAUUGGCAGCGUAGCCAUGCGCACAACCGCGAUCCUGAGUCAAGCGAGGAGACUCAUUCAGGACCCACACUAUGGAAAUACGUGACCGAUCCCUCGUACAAGAAGCCGCGCACAGUUAUAUUCGCCAUCCUGUCGUGCCAGCAAUUUUGCGGCAUCAACUCUAUUAUCUUUUACGGCGUAAAAGUGAUCGGCAAGAUCCUGCCAAACUACUCGAUUCAAGUCAAUUUCGCGAUCUCCAUCCUCAACGUCGUCGUCACGCUAGCAGCAUCUGCGAUCAUCGACCAUGUCGGGCGCCGCCCACUAUUGCUUGCCUCGACUACGGUGAUGACCGCCAUGUCGCUACUUAUCAGUGCAGGUCUCACCUUGGGCGUGUCCUUUCUGCUGGUCGCGGCCACUUUUGUCUACAUUGCCGCGUUCGCCAUUGGCCUCGGGCCCAUUCCCUUCUUGAUCAUUGGUGAACUGUCCUAUCCACAAGAUGCCGCUACAGCUCAAAGCUUUGGUACCGUGUGCAAUUGGCUCGCCACCUUUAUAGUCGGAUACCUCUUCCCGAUAGGCCACGGCCUCAUGGGCGGCUACGUAUUUAUGAUCUUCGCCGCCAUCGCCGCUCUGUUUGCUACCUAUGUAUACAAGCGGGUACCUGAGACAAAGGGCAAGACUACGUACAGCGAGGUCUGGACUGGCUACUGA